AUGGCAGGUUCGCAGCAGGUUGAGUUCAUUACCAGUCAAAGAGGUACUCUCGAGGUCCUCGUUCAGUCGACAUUGCAGCACCCUGGAGAGAGACCAAUGAUGUUGAAGGUCCACAUCCAACAUCUACUGAACCAACCAUUCAACCCAGAGAUAUUCCAGGUGGACUUUGAAGUUGCUGCCAUUAGAGCCCUCCGGACAGAGUUUCAAGGUUCAGACAUCAAGGGGUGUUUCUUCCACUUUACCCAGGCGAUUUGGCGGAAAACACAGGAGCUUGGUCUUGCUGUUGGAUACAGAGAUAACCCCCUUGUGGAACAGUGGAUCCGACGAGCUGCUGCCUUGCCUCUGCUGCCUCUUCAACAGGUUCAGGAUGCAUGGAUUGACUCCAUGAACCAGUCUCCCGAUGUACCCAAUGCUGACGAAUUCAACGACUACAUAGUCACAAACUGGGUGGAUUAUGAAGCCAGAUUCCCUCUUUCACUGUGGAACCAUCACCAGACAUUCGGCCCAAGGACCAACAACAACCUGGAGGGUUUCCACAGUCGCCUCAAUGCAUCACUGAAUCAUCGUCAUCCUAAUCUCUACAGGUUCAUCGAGAUCAUCAAGAAGAUUGAGAAAUCUGAGAAGACCAAGCUAUCUCAGUUAGACCUAGGUGCAGCUCCACCAGCAAGAAAGCGUGUGUACAAGGAGAUUGACAAUCGACUUUCCAGACUGAAGGAUCAGCUAUCCCAGGGUGUCAAGACACCCCUCCAGUUCUUGUAUGCUGUUGGCAAACUUCUGAAGAUGGAUUAA